GUAAGAUUUCCCCGACGCCCUAACGCCGACCUGGGCUCGCCCAGUGAUUGGACAUCACGAGGCGGGCUUAUCGAGUAGCCGAACGGUCGCCGUGUUCGAGUUGCCAACCGGCCACGCCGGAGUCCCAGAUGCCCCGUCAGGUGUCGGAAGACGGAUAGGAAAUCCAGGUUUUCCUUCCGAUCAUAUCAUGCCAUGCUCGCAAGGCAAGACGAGGCGGUUUCGCAAAAGGGGACACGAACAAACUCGAUAUCGAGAACGACAAAGUGAUCCACGUCUAAGCACAACAGUGCAUCCCACCACACGAGUUCGUCGAGUAGGCCGACGACGCAAGUUGGAGUGA